AUGGUUCAUAUGCCUAAGACAAUGAAGAGGAAACUCUCCAACAUGUUUGCUAAUUUCUUUUGGGGUGUUGAGGAUCAGAAAAAGAAAAGACAUUGGCGGGCUUGGAAUAAAUUGUGUGUCCCUUGUGAUGAGGGAGGUGUGGGUGUUAGGGACCUUGAUGAGGUCCAACAGGUCAUGUUUUUAAAAUUCGGUUGGCAGCUUUUGACACAGGAUUCUCUUUGGGCCAAAUUCUUCUGUGCUAAAUGUGUGAAGAAUAGUCAUGUUUCUCUGAUGCAAGAGGGGCGGUUUGGUUCUCAGUUUUGGAUGAAUGCCUUUCAAGGUAUCCCGUUGCUUCUUCAAAAGUCUCAAUGGAAAGUGCGGCAAGAAAAUGUCUCUUUGCGGUAUGAUAAAUUUACGGAAGAUGGCCCCCUUUGCUCAAGGGUGAAUCUCAUCACGGAGCCUCUUAUUCGUGUGCAAGAUUUGUUCUCUACCAGGUCGGCUUGUGAUAUUAUCCGUGUCAAAUUCCCAAAAAUGGAUAAUGUGGAUUGGAUAUGGAACAAUUUGUUGCCUGGAAAAAUUUCUAUUUAUAUGUGGAAAGCUUAUUUUAAUUGUCUUAGUGUGGAUGAGAAUGUUCGUAAGCUUGGUAUUCCUAUCGUCUCUUGUUGUAAUUGCUGUGAGACCCAUCAUUGUGAAUAUUUGAAUCAUGUUUUGGGGAGUGGAGAUUUCGCUAGUGCUCUUUGGAGGAAAGUUUAUGCAAAAAUGGGGUUCCCUUUUGUGGCUAUUCAAGGUUGGAAAGAACGUAGUGCUGCGUGGUUUCGCCUUGCUUCUCGUCAGUCCCAAGUUGGGAUCCUUACUGGUUUACUUCUGUCCAUUGUAGUGUGGAGAUUGUGA